GGCAUAUAAAUAGGCUUGCAUGCUCUUUCCAUUCUCAUCAUCCAAAAAAAGAGUUCAAUUGCUUGUUUGUAGAAAAGAAAAGAAAAGAAAAUGUCUGAUAAGUCACAGGAUUUAAGCUACAAAGCUGGUGAAGCCAAAGGCCAGGCUCAGGUGAAGAAGGAUGAGAUGGUGGACAAGGCAUCCAGUGCAGCUGAAUCUUGCAAGGAAUCUUGCCAAGAGGCUGGUCAGCAAGUGAAGCAGGCAGCGCAGGGGGCUGCUGAUGCUGCGAAAGACACUCUCGGAAUGAAGCGUUGAAUCGGUGCUGAUGCUGUGAAAGACACUCUCACAAUGAAGUGCUGAAUCUGUCUUCUUUUUCUUCUUCUUCUGCUUCUUCUUUUUUGUUUUAGUACAAAAGCUUUUGUGGCUUGGUUGCUCUUCUAAAUAAGGUGGCUGUGGUUUUCUUGUCAUUGGAAAAGAGGCCUCUCACUCUUAUGUAACUAACAUUAAGAAAAGCUUUUUAGUUCCA